AUGGCUAAAACAAUCGCAUAUUCUUCCUUCUUAAGGAUGAACAAUGAAGGAAAUCCCAAAAGAAAAAGAGAACAUGUUUUAGCUGCAUGUGGGGAUAGUAGUAAACAUGAGACAAUGAAAAAGGGCAAGAUGCUGAAAAAGAAGCUGACAAGAGUUGACGAUGAAGGUCAAAGCAAAAUGGCAACCAAGAAGAUAACAAACAUGAAAGACCGUGAGGAUCAAAUCAAUAUGCCAACAAAGAACUGCAAUGAAGAAAAUCAUCUAGUCAAGAUGAAAGCCAAUGACUUUGAGGGUCAAAGUGGGAAGAAGCUAUCUAGGAAGAAGGUGCCAAUGAAGAAAUCAAAGGUGGAAGAUGAUAAAACCAAGAUGAAUACCAAUGACGCUAAUGGUCAAAGCAAGAAGCCAACCAAUAAGAAGAUGUUGAUGAAGAAAUCGAAUGAAAAAGAUGCCAACGAAGAAGAACAUAAGAUUGAGUCUUUUAUCCCAGCUAUGACUUUGGAUGAAUUCUUCAAAAAAUAUGGGAUAUCAUUGGACGAAAACGAUGAAGAAUAUGAAUAUGAUAAUGAUGAUCACAAUCCAAGUGUUGGGGAUAGUAGUGACAGUCAACACGGUACUAAAAGGAAAAAAGCUCGUGGUCCCACCCAACUCAAGCAUAUUGAUGCUAUGGAGACACAGAUAGAGUUAACACGUUGGCAAGCUGUGUCAAGUGAGACUAAAACUUCAAUGUUGGAUUAUGCAAAGUCCAAAUAUAACAUCCCUAGUGAUGCUGAGCCUUGGGUGAUAGAUACCAUCGGAGAAGCAUGGAAGCAAUUUAAGAAACGCAUAAAAAAAUGUCACUAUACACCAUACAGCUCAUUCAGAGAGAUGAUGAAAAAUCGUCCAAUGACUAUACCUGAACUGCAUUUUCGAAAAUUAGUUCAAUUUUGGAGGCUUGAUAUCAGCAAAGUUAUUUCUGACAUAAAUCGUGAAAACAGAUCCAAGCAAAAAUGGAAUCAUCGAAUGGGUCCAGUUAGUUUUGAGUUAGUACGGGCUGAAUUGCGUGCAAAGAAAGAGGACAACGAAGAUCCAUCGCAAGCUGAGAUGUUUGUUGUAACUCGUACAAACAAAAAAGGAGAGACUGAUUCAGGAACACAAGAGACGAUUGUGAGUUGUCUAGUUUCUUAG